AUGACAUCCCGUAAUGAUUUCCAUCAGACUCGCUACAUACGGAUGGUUAUUGAUUCAGAUCAGUUACCAUGGGAAUAUAAUAUUCUUGCCAGUUUAGCACACUGGAUGUUGCUUGCGGGAUAUCUGGUCAUUCCCGGAACAUUUACAUCAUUGCAGAAGUCAGAUGCACUGAAACAAGGACUGAUAAAAGACAAAACUGGGGAGGCUAUUCUGAACACUAUACAGAAUCCACCGCUACUAGCUACAGCUAGUGUCUUCUUCCUGAUUGGUUGUGCUAUCAUGUCAUGGCUAUAUUGGCGAUUCCAACACAAUUACAUUUGGCUUGUCAACAGUCCAACUCUACUUAAUGCCCUGGCGGGGCUUUUGACAACAAUCAUCAACAUAUACACUGCAAAAAACGGCGAUUGGUCAAUCAUGGCGCUUUUGACCUUCAUAGCUUCAAGCCUGUCCAUGGCCUCCUCUGUUAUUCUUAUAUACAUCUAUAAGUUUAGAAAGCUUAAGAUGGUAAUAGAGGAGCAUCUUCGUGAGGUUGAAUUUCAGACUAACAGGGUUAAUCCAUGA